AUGGCGGUGCCCACCAAGUUCAGCUUUUCCGUCCGGAGCAUCCUGGACUUGCCCGAGCGCCACCCGAAGGCUUUGCCCGCGUCCUCGCCACCUUCCUCGGCCGCGCGCUCGCCCCUAGCCCCGCCCUCCUCCUCCUCCUCCUCCAUCUCCUCCAUCUCCUCCAUCUCCUCCGCCUGGAUGCUCGACUCGGACCGAAGCUCCCGUUUGUGCUGGGACGAAGGCGGCGGCGGCGGCGGCGGCGGCGGCGGCAGCCCGGAGGCCUCUCCGGACUCCACCAAGCCGGAGCCCGACGAGGCGUCCCCCGACGCCGCCGAGCCUCCGCGCGAGCCGGCGAAGAAGAGCAAGAAGCGGCGCGUGCUGUUCUCCAAGGCGCAGACGGUGGAGCUGGAGCGGCGCUUCCGCCAGCAGCGCUACCUGUCGGGCCCCGAACGGGAACACCUGGCCCGCGUCCUCAGCCUGACGCCCACCCAGGUCAAGAUCUGGUUCCAGAACCACCGCUACAAGAUGAAGAGAGGCCGUGGGCCGGCGGACGACCUGCUGGAGAUGCUCCGGCCUCCGCUGCUGGUGCCGGUGCUGCUGGGCGACCGGAAGCCGUUCGCCGACGGCUCGGGCGAGCUCCGCGUGCCGCUGGCCGCCUACCCGGCCGUGGCGGCCCUCCGGCAGCCCGCGGCCCUGGCGCUGCCUCCGCACCCCCUGCAACGCUCGCGAAGCCCGGCGGGCCGCGGGCUCGCCUGGACCGACUUGUGGAGCGACUCGGUCCACUUUGCUCCGUUCAAGUGA